AUGGUUCCCCAGGUGGCAAGACUGUGGGCGACAGCGCUUCUACUCGCCACGCUGCACAAAUGUGACAACGCGGCAGUGAGCGUGCAGCAAUCACCGGCUAAAAGUUCGUGCCUGGCGAUGGCGGGUGCCAUUUUCGACGCACCUCCGAUACAGUGCCAACCGCUGGUGGCCUGCAGCAGUGAGGAGAUUACGCAACGCUACCUCGCGCUCCAUGAAAAGUGUCGAGUCAACGCAACCCAGCGGCAUGGCGAACGAGAGCAUUUUCUCUUCCGCAUCAACUACUGGCAGGGUGAUCAUGAGUUCCUGUACGGUUUGGUCGAGAAGGCGCACCAACCGCAUCCGCUUGUGCUGGACGCGGAACAGCUAGCGCAGCGAGGCGCCAGUGUAACACCCGACCUCAACCGGAAGCUUUUCAUCUACAGCAUUGAAGCGGGCCGCAUCGAGGAUGCGCUGCUGCUCUAUCUCACGAUGGAAAACCAGUGGACGAUGCAGCAGAUCAUGGAGGCAAUCGAGAACCACCCAGUGUACAAGGUUACCGAGGCGGUCGUAUUGCACUUGCUAGAGUUUGCCCGCGGUUUACCGCUGAAACGUACCAGGGUCGAGUUUUACAAAGCCCUAGUGCCGGUAAUGCGCAGGUAUAAGCAUUUGUCCUCGUACGUCACUCUGCUGUACGCCGGCGAUGCGCUUCCUUUGUUUAGCGUAGCGAAAGAGAAGAAGGAGUUCGUGUCGGAUCCUCUCACCAUCAUCGUACACCGUCUGCGCAGCGGGCUCCGACAUCUGAAAUUCGAUUACAACGUAUGGAUAGCGAACAAAUAUCCACGCUACUACACCUUAUUCCUGGAAGAUAUCUUCUUCAUCCCCCAACAACUGUGGCCCAAGCUGGAAAAGCGUCGCCUCUUCGAGAUAACGAGCCUGUACCAUGCGAAGGGACACCGUUUUCAGGCGCUCACGAUGUUCUUAAAGCACGUCAAAUUUGACAGCCGGGAUAAAAAUGCCGUGCGGUCCUAUCUACCCACGCUAGCGCUACAGGUGGAUAAUUUGCUGCUCAAAGUGAAGCAGACCGGCAAUCACAAACACGAGCUGGACCGCGUACAAAAAUUGCAAGAUGGCUUCCAAUUCGGAUAUUACAACCAUAAAAACAUCUAUCGCUUUUACCUGAACGAUAUCAAGGUGAACGGCAAGUUCGGCAAACAGAAUAUGGAAUUGGAAAAGAAAGGAUGA